CUUGAUUUAUUUUACAGAAGGAAAAGUAUAUAUAUCUAUAUAACUGUCAAGAUGCGGAUACAUUCAAUUUCAACAUUUGCAUUGAUUAUCAUUUGUGUAUUCAUCACUAAUAGUCUAUUGGUAAAUGGACAAAUGGCUGAAUAUUAUAUGAAUGAUGAAAUACCACAAGUGAAUACAUAUGAAAAUAUGUAUCCAAGAUAUAUUCAACGUCAUAGAUCACAACAUUAUAAACGAGGUGGAAUGUAUGGUGGAUUAUUAGGGAAAUAAUCAAUCAAUAAUUCAUCAUUGAUCAUUAAUUAAUUAUAUUUAUUUAUUUCAUCAUUUCAAAUAAAGGAAAGAAAAUUUGUAACCUUUAAAUAAAUUUUAAA